CCGGGGCCGGGAGGAGCCAGCGCCGCGACGAGGCAUGCCGGGCCCCUGGGCCGCGCCGCCGCGCGGGCCGGUUCGCCGGGGCCGGUAGCGAGCGGUCGGCAGCCGCCCCCCCCGCCGCCGCCAUGAAGAGCCCCCGGGAGGCUGGGGAGCCGCCGCCAGUUGACUGCGUCCAGCUGAAAGUGCCGGUCAUUCAGCAGUUGUACCACUGGGACUGUGGGCUAGCCUGCUCCAGGAUGGUGCUUCAGUACCUGAAUCAUUUGGACAAUGAUGAAUUUCAGAAAGCCAUCCAGGAACUCCAGUUAACAAAGAGUAUCUGGACUAUUGACCUGGCCUACCUAAUGCGGCACUUUGGUGUUAAGCAUAAAUUUUGCACCCAGACGCUUGGAGUGGACAAGGGCUACAAAAAUCAGUCGUUUUACAGGAAGCACUUUGACACAGAAGAGAAUCGAGUGAAUCAGCUUUUUGCACAAGCCAAAGCCAGCAAGGUGCUGGUGGAGAAGUGCACAGUAACUGUUCAAGACAUCCAAAACCACCUGUCCCAAGGUCAUGUAGCCAUCGUCCUAGUGAAUGCAGUCCUGCUAUUGUGUGAUCUUUGCUCAAGUCCUGUCAAAUACUGCUGCUUCCUCCCCAUUGGACAGAAGUGCUUCUGCAGGAAUCCUGACUACCAGGGCCAUUUCAUUGUGUUAUGUGGCUACAACAAAGCCUCAGGGAGUAUUUACUACAACAACCCUGCCUAUGCUGACCGAACAUGCUGCACCAGCAUCAGUAACUUUGAGGAAGCCAGGACAAGUUACGGCACUGAUGAAGAUAUUUUGUUCAUCUACACAGACAGCUGACAUCCACACCUGAUACUUCUGGUCCUUUCCUGUGCAGCCUGCAUGGCAGGUGGCUGCUUGUCUCAGGACUCCCCCUGCAGAGACCUUGCUCCUGAACUGCAGUGGGAUCUUAAACAAGGGAGGCUUUAUAGACAUUAAUAGGACUAUAUUGCAAUGCUGUCUUUACCUUUUUUUUUUCCUGAUGAUGGAUCUGAUUUUGCAAUGUAUGUCUCAGUUUUUUGGGUUUUUUUCUCUCAUUUUCAACACUGCACAUUUGACAGCAGUUUUAAAAUACAGGCCCAGAGCCUGUUCACGUUGAGCUUAUUCUCAAAUUAAAGACAUGAGAAAAAAAGCACCAAAUUUAUGACCUUUAACACUUGGUAAUACAUGCAUAGGUUUAGGUAAACAAAACCAGGAAAAAAAGUAGAAAAUGCCUGUUUCUCUCUCUGUCAAAGCAUCAAGGGCUGAUCUUCAUCCUAAACCUAAAGAUUUGAGGUUCAGCAGGGUAUUAUGGAAGGAAAAAAAUACUAGCUUAAACCACUUUCAAAUAACAAAAAAUGCCUUUCUGGCUCAUCAGUAUUGUCUGCAUUGUAGGAAUGAAACACAUUUACUCAAGGAAACUUCCCAUGUACCAAGUUCACCUUACACAGAUUUAGCAUUUAUGUCACUGCAUUAAAUUUUGAAUCAUAGUUAUUGGUAUUGUUCCCUUGUACUACAAACUCAAUCUCUUUUGGCUAAAUCCUCUAGGAUGACUGCUUAGAGCAGUCUGUAUUGCCUCAAAAAUUUAAGUGAAGAUAUUUUAUUUGUACCUAGAAGUCUUUAUUGCUCUUUGCAAAAAUGUCUGAACAUUAUGCCACUCACAUGUGCCAGUUUCUGCAGAAUCCAUUCUAAAUAUAAACUUUAAACUUAUUAAGCAAAUAGAGAAAAUGAUCGUCCACACUAAUGGUAUACAUUUUGUGUGUAAAUUGUAAAUAUCUGACAGCAUAUACUGGAUUGUAACUAAAAUGCUGAAUCGUAAUUUGAGCCGAAUUUUACUAUUGGUAUUAGCUCAGUGACCUAAGAACAGCUGAAAUAAAUUAAGAAAAGAGGGAGCAUAAACAUCUCUGCUACAAGUAAAAAGGCAGGAACUCACAUUUUCUAGUCUUAUACUACAGCUGUAUUUGGAUUAAGUUGGAUUUACUGUAUUCAGACAUUAUCAAGUGAAAUUGGUAGCAGCCCAUUCAUAAUCCUUUCAGGUAUUACCUGGGUUUAAUUACUUUGCUGAGGAACACUGAAGUGUAAGAAGUAGCCACCUAUUUCAGAUUCAUCCAUCACAAUUUCCUACAAGUCUUGAUCUCCAGUCCCACCUCUGUUGAAGUGGGUAGAAAAAUCAAUGUUAAUCCUGAUGUAAAGCUAGCAAAAUUUUAUUUUGCACUUAAGACAGAGAUCCCACACCUUUGGCAUGGUUUUAGGAAAAGAACUGUUCAAGUUCUGGAACUGCAUGGAAUAACGGUAAAAGGACACUUACUUAGUGGUGAAAAUAAUAAAUAGGAAUCUACUUUCAGCAUGGUAAAAAAAAUUUCUAAGAGAAAAUAUUUUCUUCUAUCAGUUGUUGACUUACUGAAAAGUAUCUGGAAAGUGUUCAGUAAGUAUACUUAGUAGAAUCAAGAGCACUCCUUUGUACAAAGGCUAAAAAUAGUAGCAGAUUUAAAAUGCAGUAGCCUUUAAAAAGUUCCAAACAAAAAGUAUGUGACAAAUUUUCAGUAUAUCAAAUUUUGCUUAUCAUUGGUGAAGUUGGAAUACAUAGUGGCACUUACACUUGCAAAAUGAGUAAAAAUUAGGAUGUGAUUUGUGAGCAGUAGAACAUUAGUGGCACCAGCAGAAUCCCAGAAAAAAAGCUAUACAACCUAUUACAGAUAAUGCCUUCUAACUCCUCCAGAGUAAGUCAUGAGAAGGCUACUGAUCUGCGAAUUUUUAUGUCCAAGUCCAAAUUCAUGAUGUUUGAUUUAGAGAGACUGUAUUAGCUAUGUUACUAAUUAACAGGUAUGUAAACUACAGGUUGAUGGGAGUACUUCCUUAACCCAUGCAUUUUCAGAUAGGUAGUUCAUUCAAUACCAUUAAACUGCCACAGGAUUUAUUUUAGAGCAGGCUUGGUUAGCUAAAUAAAAACAAUUCUUACAAAAGGCUUGUAAUUGACAUUUAGCCUCUUGCUGGUUCAGUUAUCCAAAUGCGAAUCUUGAGCUUAUACAUAAGACAUGAACUUAAGGGCAUGCUAAGUGUUCUGAAGUGCACAGAUAGGUGUAACAACAUCGACUGUUAAAUAUUUGGUACCCAGGGUUUAAAUACUUCAACAAAACUGAAAGAUAAAGAAACAAAGCUGUUUAAGCUAAUACAGACAAAAGGAGAGCUCCACCAUUGGAACAGGAUCUCUUACAGCCGCCAACUGGAAGAUGGCUAUGAGAGGUGAAAACACACAAGGAAGCAGCAAAAGCCAAGUGAAAAGACUGAGUAUUUAUAUGACACAAAUUCAGAUUAAGCAGCUCACUGCACAAGCAUUCAGAACAUCAGCAUUUUCUGAAACUUUGUUUCCCAUUACAAGAUAGUCUAUCAAAAUACUAAUUCUGAAAAUGUUUUGUCACUUUGUUUCCUUCAUGAUGUCAAUAGCAAAGGAAGGGGUAUUUUACAUGCAGGGAUUUUAUACAUAAAUAUAUUUUUAUUUGUAAUUAAGCCUUUCUCAAUAAAGGUUUAAAGUCACAGAUAACCCUGUAACAUAA